UCCAGCAGGUGGAAGGACCAGGCCUGGGACUCCUGGGUCCCCAGCAGUAUCUGGAGGCAUGGCUGGGGCUGGCGGGGGCCUCAGGGUCUGGGGGAGCCUGGUGCUGCUGGGCCUGUGCAGCUGGACAGGGACCAGGGCGACCGCCCCCAACCCAGUGAGAAACCUGACAGUGAAGACUGAGACCACCAGCUCCAUCUCCCUGAGCUGGGAGGUCCCCGAUGACCCACAGAACUCCACCUACCGGGUUCAGUGUACUGGAGACUGUGGUAGAACCGAGACGCAAACCACAACAGACACCAACAUCACCGUGGAUGGACUUAAACCCGGGUCAUUGUGUACGUGUUCUGUGUGGGUGGAGAAAGACGGAGUAAACAGCUCUGUGGAGACUGUCACUACUGCCACAGCCCCCAACCCAGUGAGAAACCUGACAGUGGAGGCUCAGACCACCAGCUCCAUCUCCCUGAGGUGGGAGGUCCUCGAUGACCCACAGAACUCCACCUACUGGGUUGAGUGCACUGGAGACUGUGGUAGAACCGAGACACGAACCACAACAGACACCAACGUCACCGUGGAUGGACUUGAACCCGGGUCAUUGUAUACGUUUUCUGUGUGGGUGGAGAAAAACGGAGUAAACAGCUCUGUGGAGACUGUCACUACUGCCACAGCUCCCAACCCAGUGAGAAACCUGACAGUGAAGGCUCAGACCAACAGCUCCCUCACCCUGACCUGGGAGGCCCCCCAUGGCCCAGACCCACAGAACUCCACCUACUGGGUUGAGUACACCAGAGAUGGUGGCAGAAGCGAGACUCGAAGCACAACAGACACCAACAUCACCGUGGAUGGACUUGAACCCGGUUCUUUGUACGUGUUUUCCGUGUGGGUGGGGAAGAAUGGAAUCAACAGCUCCCCGGAGACUGGAAAUGCCACCACAGCCCCCAACCCAGUGACAAACCUCCAUAUGAAGACUCAGACCAACAGCUCCAUCACCCUGAGCUGGGACGUCCCCAGUGGCCCAGACCUUCAGGACUACACCUACUGGGUAGAGUACACUGGAGACGGUGGUGGAACUGAGACCCGAAACACAGCAAAGGCCAGUGUAACAGCUGAGGGACUCGAACCCGGAACCUUGUACACAUUCUCUGUAUGGGCAGAAAAAAAUGGAGCAUAUGGCUCCAGGCAGAAUCUCAGCAUCUCCACAGUCCCCAACGCAGUGAGAAGCCUCAGCAGGCAGGACGGGACCAACAGCUCUAUCACGUUGCGCUGGACAGCUCCCCAGGGCCCAGGCCAGGCUUCCUACACCUACUGGGUCUCAUUAAUCGGGGAGGGCAUGACUGACCCCAGGACGCAAAACACCUCAGAUACUGAACUCAUCCUAAAGGAACUGGAAGCUGGCCUCCUGUACCACUUCACCGUCUGGGCCGAGAGGAAUGAGGUCAGAGGCUAUAACAGCACCCUCACUGCAGCCACUGCUCCCAGUGAGGUAACAGAUCUCCAGAAUAAAACUCAGACUAAGAACUCAGUCACGCUGUGGUGGAAGGCCCCUGGAGACCCCCACUUUCAGCUGUACGUAUACUGGGUCCAGUGGGCCAGCGAGGGACAUCCCCAGAGGGGGCAAUAUCCCCGAGCGAAUUGGGCCAACCAGACCCGCAGGACCAAUGAGACACAGUACAAGGUGGAGGCGCUGGAACCCGGGACUCUGUACAACUUCACCGUGUGGGCAGAGAGGAAUGACGUAGCCAGUUCCAUGCAGAGCCUCCGUGCGUCCACAUACCCAGACGCAGUCACCAUCACUUCCUGCGUCAGCACCUCAGGGGGCUAUGGAGUCAUCUUGACCUGGUCCUGCCCCCAGGGAGGCUACGAGGCCUUUGAGUUGGAGGUGGGAGGACAGCGGGGCUCCCAGAACAGAUCUUCAUGUCGGAAGGGUGUGUCUGUGUCAGGUCUUGGGCCGGCUCAGUCCUACCCAGCCACCAUCACGACCAUCUGGGAUGGAAUGAGGGUUGCGUCUCCCUCUGUGACCUGCCACACUGAGAGUGCAGGGGUCAUUGCCGGAGCCAUCGUGGGCAUCCUCCUAUUUCUCAUCCUGGUGGGCCUGCUGUUUUUCUUCCUGAGGAGGAGGAAUAAGAAGAACCCGCAGAAACCAGAACUUGGGGAUCUGGUCUUCAGCUUCCCAGGGGACAUCCUGGCUGAAGACUUCGCUGAUCACGUCAGGAAGAAUGAGAAGGACAGCAACUGCGGUUUUGCAGAUGAGUACCAGCAACUGUCCCUGGUGGACCACAGCCAGUCUCAGAUGGUGGCGUCAGCUCCGGAGAACAACGGCAAGAACCGCUACAGAAAUGUACUGCCCUAUGACUGGUCCCGGGUGCCCCUGAAGCCCAUCCACGAGGAGCCAGGCUCUGACUACAUCAAUGCCAGCUUCAUGCCCGGUCUCCGGAGCCCCCAGGAGUUCAUCGCCACCCAGGGUCCCCUGCCACAGACGGUGGGUGACUUUUGGCGCCUGGUGUGGGAACAGCAGAGCCACACCCUGGUCAUGCUGACCAACUGCAUGGAGGCCGGCCGGGUGAAGUGUGAGCAUUACUGGCCUCUGGACUCGCAGCCCUGCACCCAUGGGCACCUGCAGGUAACCCUGGUGGGUGAGGAAGUGAUGGAGAACUGGACGGUGCGGGAACUGCAGCUCCUCCAGGUGGAGGAACAGAAGACGCUAUCCGUGCGGCAAUUCCACUACCAGGCCUGGCCAGACCACGGCGUUCCCUCCUCCCCAGACAUCUUGCUGGCUUUCUGGAGGAUGCUCCGGCAGUGGCUGGAUCAGACCACGGAGGGAGGCCCACCCAUUGUACACUGCAGCGCUGGCGUGGGUCGCACAGGUACCCUCAUUGCCCUGGACGUCCUGCUCCGGCAGCUGCAGUCCCAGGGUCUCCUUGGGCCCUUCAGCUUUGUGAGGAAGAUGAGAGAGAGCCGGCCGUUGAUGGUGCAGACUGAGGCUCAGUACGUGUUCCUGCACCAGUGCAUCCUGCGGUUCCUCCAACAGUCAGCCCAGGCCCCAGCCAAGAAGGAAGUCAUUUAUGAGAGUGUCGAAAAUCUCAUCUAUGAGAAUGUGGCCGCCAUCCAGGCCCACAAGUUGGAGGUCUAAGUGACGAGAGGGCUGGGUCGGCAGCCCAGGCAUCCUCAAGCUCUGAAUGCCCACUUGAGCCCAGAUUCCUAGAAGAGCAGAAGGCUGGGCUCCCAGACUCCUAGGCGCUGUGGGAGGAGGAGACUGGGAUCCCAAACUCUGGUGUCCCCAGGAGAGAGUGGUCUGAUGGGCUUCAGAUGAACCCUAUGGGAGCUGGGGAUCUGGAUUUCUGGUUCCUUGAAGGAGAGAGAUGGUAGCUUGGACUUCCUAGGUCUUUCAGGGAGGAGGAAGCUGGGAGUCCAGGAUACGGGAAGAAACAGACUAGAGCCUGGAUUCUGAGGCAGGAAGGAAUUUGGGUCUGGAGUUCUGGCUAUUUGAGGACCAAAGGCAGGCAGGAUCCUGCCCUGCUUUUACUUCAGAAACCAAAUCAGUCUUCUAUAAUCUGAGGUCGGAGGGAGUCCCUGUGCCCAAGGUCUCCCUGCACCCCACCAUCCACAUAUAUUUUUCCUUCUAUCCCAUAAUUUAUUAAAUCACUGUUCUCCCCAGA